AUGGCGCGAGCUUUGCAUCAUUUGAGGCGAUUUCUCGGAAAUAUCUCGGUAGAAUGUUACUUGUUUGGGGAGAAGACUGCAGCUCUGCGUGCACUUAGUCACAAAUUGAGCAAGGGAUUUAAUGAGGCUGUUAAUGGGUUUACUGAUGAAGGAUGGUCGAUGCUGCAAAAUGACGACGUUGAUGAUGUUACCCUUCUUGUGAACUCGUCUCUUGGAAAGAUGAUGGACAUAAAUUUUUCUUAUAGUAAUGGAUUUCCUUCAAUGGGAAAUGCGGUUCUAUGUGCCAAAGCAUCCAUGUUAUUGCAGAAUGUGCCGCCAGCAAUACUUCUCAGAUUCUUACAGAAACAUCGAUCAGAGUGGGCAGAUAGUGGUAUUGAUGCUUACUCUGCUGCUAUUAAAGCUGAACCGUGUAGCUUGCCAGUGCCUCGAGGGGGAAGUUUUGGGGGUCAAGUCAUUUUUCCAUAAAAUGUAUCCUAGGU